GUGAAUAUCUUUUAAUAUAAUCUUGACAUUGAGUCUAUUGUGCUUCCAGUUAAUCAUGUUAAUGUGUCAUCAUUGUCAUGGAAUGGAGGGAAUAGGCUAGACCUGGACAGUGGACUUAACUUGAAUGUUUUAGAACUUUUAGGUCAACUUGUAAAUUGAAAGGUCCAUUGAGCUAUGGCAAAAUUUAUGUCACUUUGAGGCAGACGUUGAGAUUUUGUUUUAUGAAAUUGGAUGCACAGAAAAUGAUAUAAUAAAACCGAACACAGUUUGUAAAAUUUGGAUGCGAAAUGUCAAAUGAAACUCGAGUGAAGGUGGCCAUUUUGGCAGCUGGAUACGGGACAAGACUGGAGCAGGACCUCGCCUCCCCCAGCAACGUGACCCACCGACACCUCAUCGGCACACCCAAGCCUCUGCUGCCGGUGAUGGGUGUGCCUCUAAUUACCCACUGGAUUACUCACUUCGCCAGCCUCACCCACCCCCCCGCCCAGGUUGUGGUAGUUGUUAACGACUUACACUAUCACAAGUACGAGGCCUGGCAGAGGUCCCUCCCCUCUCCCUCUCCCCCCGUCCUCCUCCUCAACGAGGGGUCCCGACACAACGAGGGGCGCCGCGGCGCUGUCGCCUGCAUUAAACUCGUCACCGACACCGACACCGACGCCUGCUGGGUCGUGGUCGGCGGGGACACGCUGCUGCAUCCUUCCUUCUCUGUUGGUGAUAUGGUCUCACUGAUGGAACAGCUACAGAAACGUCAGCAACAGAUGCAACAUCAGCAAGGAGAACAAUGUCCUGUUAGCAUCAUAGUCAGCACGUCGGUGCGAGACGAGGAUGUUUCUAAGGGCGGCAUUAUAGAGGUGGACGGGCAGGGCAAAGUCGUGAGCUUCCUGGAGAAGCCUGAGCCCCACGCAACCCCAUCCCGUCUGCAGAGCCCCUGUGUGUACCUCCUGCACCACCUGCACCUACACCUGCUGCAGGAAUUUUUGGACGCGAAGGCGAAAUUAUUGACAUUUCUCAGCUCGGUAUAG